AUGGACCACGAGGGAGACGCACCACCUUCCUUCUGGUUCCAACCUCCGCCAACUACUCAACGCCGUCGUUCCUCUUCCCCGACCUUAAAUCCGGUGGCUUUGAUUAUAAUUGUCCCCAUACUUGCAUUGAUACUUAUUGCUUUCAUACUCAUUCCUCUUCUUUCCAAUGUAUCUCAAUUCCUUAAAGCUCCCACUUCAAUUAAGAAAGGCUGGGAUUCUCUCAACAUUUUACUCGUUUUGUUGGCUAUUUUUUGCGGUGUUUUGUUGAGACAACAAAACAACGACGACGCUUCGGUUCUCGAUCCUGUGACUCAAAAUGUUUCUGAUCAGGAGGUCAUGUAUCAUAAUUUUCCUGAGGGAAGUGGUGCUGGUAAGCUGAUGCGGAGUAGCAGCUCCUAUCCAGAUUUACGGUCCACCGAGAAUAAUAGAGCGUAUCGGUUUUAUGAUGAUUUUGACCUGAAUAUAUAUUCACAAGAUCAUAAUCUUCAUACUUGUGAAUCCACAUAUCCAGCAAUUACGAGACCUGAAUCGUUGCCAGAGCCACAAGGAGGAGCAGCAGCUGCUCCGCAACAACCUUAUGAUGAACAAGCUCCUCCUCCUCAGCAGCUGCAGCCAAAAGAAGAUGAGGCGCGACAACUAAAAGAAGAUGAGCCUGCACCACCACAACAAGAAGAAGAUGAGAAGCCACCAAAAGAAGAUGAGGCUCCUAUGAAGCGAAGAAGAUCAGUGAGGAAGGAGUCUAUGAAAAGACGAGCGGAAAGUAAUCAUCUGGAUAAGACUGAUACCAGAUCAUUGCCGGCGGAAAAGACUGAAAUGCUACAAAGGAAAAAGAGCGGAGCAACAACGGAGAUAGCAACCGCAAUAGCAUCCUUGUAUAAUCGUGCAAAGAAAAACAAGAAAAAGCUUAAGAUACGAAACACAUGCGAUGAUGCCACUAUGAUCAGAUCUGGCUUUGAAGCCUCAUCAAUAACACCGUCGACGCCUCCUCCUCCACCACCUCCUCCGCCUCCGCCUCCAUCAGUUUUUCACAACAUGUUUAAAAAGGGAAAUAAAAGCAAAAAAAUUCAUUCAGUAUCCCCAUCUGUACCACCACCGCCUCCGCCGCCCAACUCAAUCUUCAGUAACAUCUUCAAAAACACUACUGGAAUAAGCAAGCGCUUCAAUUCCACCACCAUCCCGACCCCGCCUCCACCUCCGCCACCACCACGAUCAUCAAUUCUCAACAAUUUCUCUAAGCCUGCAAAAAAAAUUGAGCAAACUUCCUCUCCACCUCCUCUGCCACUAAAACCACAAUCGCGUCGCCAAAAACCUCCCCUGCCGCCCAAGACAAGCAAUUACUAUCAAACUACAGGGGCAAAGUCGCCGGUGGUUCCUGUUCCACCACCGCCGUUUCAAAUGCAGCAGGCGUCGACGAGUGAGACACAGACACCAAGGGCGGGGGAUGUUUUUUGCCCCAGUCCGGAUGUUAACACCAAGGCUGAUAAUUUCAUUGCAAGAUUGAGAGACGAAUGGAGAAUGGAGAAAAUGAAUUCUCUCAGGGCUAAGCAAUAG